AUGAGUGCCGUCAUUUCCCCUUUAUUCCAGUCUGCAUCAAGUUCCGAUUCCUGCUUGGAGUCGGACGACGAAGCUCAAGCUGCUCUCGAAUUACAAACCCUAGAAACGGAGCUCUCGACAAGGAGCAGCGAAGCAGCGGCGCAGGUGAGUAUAAAAACUAUUGGGAGACCAAUAUGUUUCUCUAAACCGAAGAAUUCGAUAGUUGGGGCGGAUUGGAGGAAACAUUUUCUGGCUACUGUGGUUCAAAUUCGCCGGACGGAAGUCGUCGGCGGCCUCUCAAGAGGGAUAAUGAAACUAGAGUUAUCAGAAUCUGGGGUUUACGAUUUUGAUCAGGACACAGUGUUCAUGUCAACGGAAAAAUCAAAGAAGAAAAGGAUUCAACAAUCUCCAUAUACAAGUGAUUCAAGGGCCUUUCCGAUUGAAAUUAUUGAAUUAAAAGUGUCAUACGUGGGAGAGAAGAUAGCAUUGGUGAGUUUGAAAUGCAGGAAAAGAAGAGACACGAUGGUCAAGAUUUGUGAGGUUUUUGAAUCUUUGAAGCUCAAUGUUGUCACUGCCAACAUCACUGUUUUUCCUGAGACCCUUUUCAAGACACUCUUCAUUCAGGUUUGCACUAGAAAACAUACACUUCGGUGGUGUGUUCUUGACUGA